AUGGCUCCAAACAAAAACGCAAUUUUUCCACUCACUGCUUCCGAUUCAUCAUCACCUGCUGUUUCUCCAACGGAAGACGAUGAAAACACUUCAUUGCUUCAAAAGAAGAAAAAUAGAGUUGUGGCAACAGGAAUGGAAGAGCCUUCUUCCUCUCGGUCGAUUUAUCGAAUGAAAAAAAACGAUCAAGAUGUGGUUGAGAAAGUUUCUACAUUAUCGGUUAUUAACCCAAUGAUUGAUACAAGUAUUGUUUGCUUGUUUGUGGUGAAAUUUGAUUUAAAAAUUGGUUAUCAAGUUGAGCAUCAAAUGCAGAACUCGUCCAAUCCUAUUAAUUUGAAUGGAAUUGAAUAUAAAUGUCUUCCUAGUGGUACUCACAAAUUGGAUACUGAUAUCGUGCUGUUCAGGCAUGUCAAUGACAAUACUGAAUAUUUCGGGUUAGGGUGCGUUGACAUUUUCAGGUCUAAGGAUUUGGACCGAGGAUCCAGAAUUCGAGCACUCGGAAUACUUUCACGUGAUUAUAGAGGAGUCAUGACUCAUAUGACAUUUUUGAGAAAUUGCAUCCAAGGAAUGAACGCUUGUGACAAUACCGAGGACGGUCGCAAAUAUAUCCAUCAUUUAACAGAGUAUUUUCAGAAUCAUGAUUCAAAUUCAAAAAUCAACCAGAGACGACUCUCUGAAAUUACAAAAGAAGAAAUUGAUAAUCAUCUCAAUUUUGGAUCCCUAAUAUCUCUCUUUUAUUUCUACAGAGAAAAUAUAUUUACAUUAUGGAAGGCAAUACUGCUGAAAAAGAGAAUUUUGAUUUCGACUUCUGUUCCCAUUGGAUCUGGAUGCUCAAAAGCGCACGCCAUGCACUUUUUAACUUAUUUUGCUCCACAACAAGAUUAUACAUAUAUUGAAAGCCACUUUGGAAAAAACAUUAACUUUUGCUAUUACAUUUCCUUAAAUGACUACUCACAUUUACUCCAAAUGAAAAGUUAUUUAGCAUGCACAUGUGAUGAAAUUUUAGAAUCAAAGCCUGAAUGUUACGAUGUUCUUUUAAAAGAUCGACAAGUUAUCAUUCCUGACAAGACGCUGAAACAAACCUUAAAGAAAUCUGAAAGUGACGAAGAAAAAUCGAAAAUGUUGGAUAAUUUGCUCAACCAAAUCGCUCAUCUUUCAAGAAUAGAACAAGAAGCCAUAUUUCGAAAAUACUUUGCAUUUAUUAACAAUCAAACUAUUUUAUUUCUGGGCAACCAAGACAAGAGAGCUCAAGUGAAUAAGCACAUCAUGUCAACAGAGAGAAAAAACGGAACUCUACCUCUUUGGGGAGAUGACAUUUACUUUGUUAAGGAGCUCGCAGAAUUAAUUGGUUUGGAUAUUGAAUUUACAACCUCAAGACCAUUUUGCUGUUGUUAG